AUGUUAACAUUGACUAUGCGAAGGGAAUGCGAAGAUAUUAAUGAUAUUAACGAUUCGGGAUCACAAGGGAAUAAUAAUGUUUAUCAUCAUAACACACUGUUGGGGGGGAGUCGAAGAUCACAUCACCAUCGAAAUCAAUCCUCUUCAACAACAACGACGGCAAGUUCAAGUUCGACGACAUCAUCUUCAACGGCCGCAUACUCUGGGGGAUACAAUCAUCAUUAUCAUCAUGAUAAUAGCGAUGAAUUUGUUGAUAUCUUGCAAGUGCAACAAUUAUUACUCGAAAAUAAUAGUGCUCAACCGAAUUACUCUACAGCGAAUAGUGUAAAUAAUUCAAGACAUAUCAAUACGAGUAGUAGACGUUUAAAUUGUGGUGUUAAUUUAUCAACGAACUAUCAUCCUCAUCAUCAUCACCAUCAUCAUGCGUCCCCGGGGCAUUCUUCGGCUAGGGCAGGACAUUUUGAAGGGUAUCAUCAUUUAGUUUCACCGUCUGAUAUUAGUGGUUUAUCGUCAACUUCGCCGCCAGAAAGUACACAAUCAUCUUCAACGGCAGCUCAUUAUUAUACGGGAUAUGGACCCCCACCUCCCCCUCCACCGGGAAAUAGUGUGGAUGAUCUUGUGUCGUUAUGGUUUACUGGUAGUGGACAAAAUACAUCAGUUUAUCCUGAGUGA